UUAACUUCUGCAAUGUCAUAUGUGAGUUUCCCCUUUGAUAUCAGAACCCCCUUUCAGAACUCUUCCGUGGUUGUUGGUUCGAACAAGCGUACAGCUUACUCUACAAAAGACCUGCUCAGCAACUUUGACACACUUAAAUUGUCUUCGAAGGACGUCAGCGUUGACAGGGAACCAAACGCCGAUGACCUGGUCUCUCGCAAUGGUUACUCUGGAAAGCGUACGACGGAUUCUUUGGCCACUGGUGAUAGUUACGUUGGUUACUGCAAUCUACCAAACCAGGUCUAUCGUAAAGCAGUGCGACGCGGAUUCGAAUUCAAUCUGAUGGUGGUAGGCGAGUCAGGCCUUGGAAAGUCUACGUUCAUCAAUUCUCUGUUUCUGAGCGAAGUCUAUAAUGCAGAAUACCCAGGCCCUAGUCGGCGGCCCAAGAAGACUUUGUCGGUGGAGUCAACUACUGUAGUGCUUAAGGAGCAGGGUGUAUACCUAAAACUAAAAUUGGUCGACACUCCUGGAUUUGGUGAUUCAAUUGACAACAGCAAUUGUUGGCAGCCCAUUGUUGACUAUAUCAACUCCCGAUUUGAUGAUCAUAUCGCAGGAGAGAGUCGCGUAAAUCGCUCUCCCUACACAACUUCCGACCAGAGGAUUCAUGCGUUAAUCUAUUUCAUCGCCCCAACCGGUCAUUCUUUGAAGCAGAUAGAUGUGGAAUUUUUAAAAAGAAUCCAGGAUAAGGUGAAUGUCAUACCUGUGAUAGCCAAGGCCGAUACGAUGACCGUCGAUGAGUGCCGCGAAUUCAAGAAAGUUAUCCAGAACGAAUUGGCCGCAUUGAAAAUCCGCACUUUCGAGUUCCCGGAUCCGCCAGAAUGUGAGGUCCGUGGCAAUGAAGAAGAGUUGGUAAAAAUUCGACGACUACGUGAUCGCGCUCCCUUCGCGGUUGUCGGGGCCAACACAUUGGUCUCCGGUGGUGACGGGGGAUCUCGUGUCCGAGCUCGAACCUAUCCAUGGGGUGUAGUAGAAGUGGACAAUCUGGAACACAAUGAUUUCCCGGCGUUACGAUAUCUGUUGCUGACAGCAUUCUUGCAAGAAUUGCGAGACGUGACACACAAUGUGCACUACGAGAAUUACCGAAGCGCCAAACUAUCCGGGAUUGCCGAAGAAAGUCAUUUCCAAACACGUGAUGGCAAAGACCCAAUGGCGUUGAUGGAGGCGGAAAAGAAGGAACACGAACUGAAAAUGCGUAAGAUGGAGGCAGAAAUGGAAGCAGUGUUUGAACAGAAGGUACAAGAAAAGACUCAGAAACUUCGUGAAUUUGAGGCAGAUAUUCUACGUCGUUCGGAGCAAAUUCGGGAGCAGCUACGUGCCCAAGAACAGGAACAAGAAGCGGCUCGUCGUGCUUUCGAACUGGAACGUGCCAACUGGGAAGAAGCUUGGCGUGAGUGGGAUGUUGGUGCCGAUCUCAGCACUAAUGGAUCUGCUUUGGGCUUGGGUGAGCGUGUCAUGAAUGAGGUGAUUAAAGAACGUGUGAAAACGGAAAAGAAACGAAAGGGCUUGUUUUAACCGCUACACACUUCGUUACUUGUGCAAUGGGCCAGUGCGGCGCCUCUUCCAUCCUCAUCCUUAAUCGAUUGCAUUUCUAACGCUUUUUACUCUGCUGUCUUCGCUAUACUAGACUUGUAUUCAACUUUUUUAAACAAUAUUUAACGGGAUCUUUGAUAUUUGCGAGCCUGCUUGGCAUGUGUUUUAUCACCAAUUCCUUGGUAAUCGAUGGGACGUAACAUGCUUCUCCGUCUUUAUUACUCGUCAUUUGAACGGUUUUCUGUUUUCAUCCUGUUCACUGUUGUCGGACCCACUGGUUACUCCCCACCUGUAUCCCUCCUAGGAGCAUUUUUUAUCGGUGCAUUUAUCAUUCUUUUUGUGAAUUUUUUCUCCUUAAAUUUCAUCUAGCUCUCAUUUGGGUACGGUGACUCACCCAUGCAUACCUAGGGCAAUGAUCACGCUGAUGUUCCACUAUCGGUCUUCUUCUUUUGACCCGGUUCUAUAACUCGCGGAAUUUCGCUUUUUUCUGUCGAUUAUGUGGUUUCUAUGUCAAGUACUACUGUAUGAGUAGCUUUAAUUUCAAGAAAUCGUAUCUUAUAGACCUUG